GUGCGCACGGCGAACCCUCUGUUCCCAGAGUGCCACCACUAGUCGCCCCCUCCCGCGCGCUGGUUGCGCUCCACACAUCGCGGACUUCACGUCACGUCCGUACUUGAACUUGAAUGCCAUUCCAUUCUUCAGAGGCAACCCCUGCCACACACACACAUACACAUACACGCACGAGUGCCGGGUCCUCCCUGAGAGGGGCUUGUCGGACGUGAAUGCGAGACGCAACAGCACGGGUCUUCAUUAUUGAUCUGGAGAGGAGGUGCUGUCUGUCUUCACACGGACCGCAGGAGUCAGUCUGAUGCCAAGCGCACAUGGAGGACUGUGCCAAACACUCCUCUCACCCGGUGAGCCCGCCGUUCACGGAUCUUGGAUUCCCAUUACUACAGGACUUUUGAUUGAAUUGUUUUAGGGAUUUUUCAAAGACAUUUGAAUCCAAAGAGUGCUUUGGAACCGCAGUAAGAGGGUUUUACGCAUCGCUUUCUCAGGUCAUCUCCUUGUCGCUUUACAUCAUUUACGCACGAUUUAGUCUGUUUAAAGAAGACACGUGCUAGUUUUGACCGUGAUCGCGAUCAAAUCGGCCGCGAGCGCAGUGGAGCGGUACCGGACUGUGGAGGAAAGUUUGGAGAGCAGCGGGACUUGCGCGCACAUCAGUCCGAGUGGCCGUGAGAUGCUGCUGUAAAUGCUGGGCAAUGUCCCGACGGAAGCAAGGCAACCCACAGCAUCUGUCCCUCAGCCAGAGGGAGAUCACAUCGACUACGGCCAAUCAUGAUGCAGGGGCGGGACAGUGCCCAUCCGAUGUCUCUUUAGCCAGCCCUGCGGGCGGAGCCGGAGAGAGUGACCUGCUGACCUGUGGCCAGUGUCAGACCAACUUUCCUCUGGGAGAAAUCCUAGUGUUUAUCGAACACAAGAGGAGACUAUGCCCGGGACCCAGCACGUGUUUCGACAAACCGUCCGACUGCGACGGUUCCCCGUCCCCCAGACCAUCACGAACGGAUGUCUGCCGGAGACCCGGACCGGUGGAGGUCGGGAUUCAGGUCACGCCACGAGAAGAAGAGGAGAAACGACUGACUCCUGCCAGAGGAAUCUGCCCUAAACAGGAGGGCAUCCCUACAGGAAAAGAUGAGCCCUCCAGUUACAUCUGCACCACGUGCAAGCAGCCCUUUACCAGCGCAUGGUUCCUGCUGCAGCAUGCACAGAACACCCACGGGAUACGUAUCUACUUGGACACCCACCCUACUAGCUGCUCUCUUACUCCACGCAUGGCCCUUCCUCCACCGCUGGGGGCAGAUGCCCUGCCCCGUUCCCCUCUUGCCAGCUUUCUGGGUGACGGCAGCAACCCUUUCCACCUGUUACGUAUGGCUGCACCGCUGCUACGGGAGCCCCCUCACCACGGAUACAUGGAAACCCGCUUGCCAUCUACCCCACCGUUUGUAGGCCCUCCACCGCCCCGCCAUCCUCUGGAACGGCUUGGCCCAGACGAGAUGGGCAUCCUGUCCCAACAUCCAAGUGCUUUCGAGCGGGUGAUGCGGUUGACACCCAUGGGCAUGGAACCGUCCAUGGGAUUCUCUCAACGUCUUCGAGAAUUGGCGGGCAACAACAACAAUGGUGGUCCAACUCCCCCUCUUUCACCUAACCGUGUACCGCCCAUGCAUCGUCUUCUCAGCCCCACCCUCUUCCAGACUGGCUCCAAGCCUCCUUUCCUGAGCGCACCCUCACAGCCACCAUCGGUACCGUCCAGAGGCAACUCUUCACCACCAUUAAAUCAAGCUGGCAAAGCCAAGUCCUGUGAGUUUUGCGGCAAGACCUUCAAGUUCCAAAGCAACUUGAUUGUGCACAGACGAAGCCACACUGGUGAAAGGCCCUACAAAUGUCAUCUUUGUGACCAUGCCUGUUCGCAGGCCAGCAAGCUAAAGCGCCACAUGAAAACCCACAUGCACAAGUCAGGCUCCAUGGGGAGUUCACCUGAGCAGGGAACACAAGACUCGGCCGGAGAAGGGCGUAAAACCAAUGAGGAAAAUGGAACGAGGGAUGGAUUGGAUAAUGAUGAGGAAGAAGAAGAAGAGGAGGAGGAAGAGGGGGAGGAGGAAGAAGAGGAAGAACAUCAAAAUGGAAGCAGGCCUGAUUCCAAUGUGAGUAUGGAUUCAGAGUCAAGCAGAAACAGAGAGAAUGGCCAAAGACCCUCUCCAGAGGAAAAGCCUCUGGCCACUGACAGAGUGACAGAAAGCCAAUACAACAACCUCGACAAUCACUUGAGACUUCCACCAGGUGCUCACAAGGAGACAGACAGAGAUCCAUCAGGCAGGGAGAUGGAUAGAGACAGGCGGCAGAUGGUGAAUGGCAGAGGCUGUGGCCCGGAGGAUCCUUUUUCAGCAUUAUUCCAUCGAAAACCCAUGCCUAUUUCAAGCCCAAGCCUUUCUGGAUCCUCCGCCAAGAGGAUCAAGGUGGAGAAGGACAUGGAGGUGCAUCAGGUGCCCGUCAUCUCCCCUGAAAACGUGUACUCUCACUUGCUUGCCGGUUACGCCGCGUCUCGCCACUUCAUCAGGGAGCCCAUCCUAUUUAACGACUCCAGGCAGUCACCGUUCGGAACUUCAUCCGAGCAUUCCUCGUCUGAGACGGGCAGCCUGCGCUUCUCCACCCCACCGGGGGAAAUUCUGGAGGGGGGCGGGAUGUCUGGAAGAAGCGGCAGCAGUACGCCCCACCUCCAUAUGCGGGGUCCAGGCCCCGGGAGACCGCCCAGCUCCAAAGAGAGCCGACGGAGUGACACCUGCGAAUACUGUGGUAAGGUGUUCAAGAACUGCAGCAAUCUAACGGUGCACCGGCGCAGCCACACGGGCGAGAGGCCUUACAAGUGUGACCUGUGCAGCUAUGCUUGUGCCCAGAGCAGCAAGCUCACCAGACACAUGAAGACCCACGGACAGUUCGGCAAAGAGGUGUACCGCUGUGAUAUUUGCCACAUGCCCUUCAGCGUGUACAGCACCCUGGAGAAACACAUGAAGAAGUGGCAUGGAGAGCAUUUGCUGACCAGCGAGGUCAAACUGGAGCAGGCGGACAGAGCUUGAGACCACUACCGAUGCACUGCAUUAUGGGUAUAGCUGGAUAGUUUUUUUCUUGACUAGAUUUUUUUCGUUCGUUUUUGGAGUGUUUGAUGUUUUGUUUUGAAAUAAAAACAAAAUGCCACCUGAGAAACAAGAAGCCAGGGAAAUGUUAGUCUUCUUGCGUUUCCUAGCAGCUAACAGAGGAGUAGUCCAUUAAGAAUUCAUGGAGCCUUUCUACUGUGCAAUAAUUUCUGUAUUUAUUGGAUUAUUUGUAAUAAUACAUGGCAUGUGCAGGUACAUUAUCGAUGGGUUUCUAAUGCAUUCAGUUCCUGAAAUUAUAUUUCUACGCCCCAUCUUAUGACAUGACGAAUACUGAGAUUUUGGCAUUCAGCCAAUUUUGUGUUUUAACUAUAGUUUCCUCAAAGGAGACAAUGGGUAAUUUCUAAAGAGGUCAACCUCUAAAAUUCUGAGAACGUUUUCAUGUUGCUCUCGACGGCCCCACUGAUCUUGGGGGAUAUACAAAAGAUAGAUGUAAAGCACUGAAUGUCACUUUGACAAUAAAAUAUGAAAAACAUAGGGGCCAAACACCUAGGGAUGUUUCAAGGCAGCUGACAGGCAGUUUGACUGCAUUUGAAAGUUAUCAGUCUAAAACCAAGACAUUCAUGAGAAUCUAACAACAAAAUUCCCUCUAUAUUCCCAGAGUUCCUGUGUAUAAACUGUGUUGAGGCACCA